AUGACUCGUGGAGGCAUCUGUCUGGUGAACCGAAACUCCAUCGAAUACAUCCUGUCCCGGAACGGAACGGGCAAUGCCGUGGUCAUUGUUGUUGGGGGAGCGGCAGAGUCCCUGAACUGCGCUCCCAGCAUGAAUUCUGUCACCCUGAAGAACCGCAAGGUAUUUGUGAAAUUGGCCCUGCAACAGGGGGCUGACCUGGUGCCUGUGUACUCGUUUGGGGAGAACGAGGUCUACAAGCAGCUGAUCUUCGAGGAGGGCACGUGGUGGCGGCUGGCUCAGAGGAGACUGCAGGAGUUGCUGGGGUUCGCAAUCUGCUUGUUCCACCUGGGGCCUGUGACCUUCACCUGGGGCCUGGUGCCUUACUGUAAACCCAUCACCACUGUCGUUGGAGAGCCCAUCACCGUGCCUAAGAUCGAGGAGCCCAGCCAGGAAGUGGUGGACCAGUACCAUGCCAUGUACAUCAGCUCUCUGGUUAAACUCUUCGACGAGUACAAGGUCCGCUUCGCCCAGAAGCAUAGCGUCCUAGAGGUCCAGUGAGAUGGGGCUUUUGGACCUCCGACAGAGAAUUGUACUGCCUAGCUCAAACACCCCCCCCCCCCCCCAUUCAAGUGCCUGGCUGAGAUCUGGCAGCAUUGUGGCAAGCAAGGAGGCUUCCCUCUUAUUGAAACAGAGCAUAAUAAAUAUAUAAAAUUAAUCAUAAUUUGUUAUUCAGCCAGAUGCUUUUAUCCAGAGGGAUUUACAGUUGAUUAGACUAAGCCCCCCAGGAACAAUGCAGGGUUAAGGGCCUUGCUCAAGGGGCCAACAGCUGCACAGAUCUUAUCGUGGCUACACUGGGGAUCGAACCACCAACCUCCCGGCGCCCAUUGAAGUACCUUAGCCGCUAGGCUACUCUUUUAUCGCUCUCUAAUAUCCUGAUCCUCCUGGGCUGCCGAGUGAUGGGGCUGUUGCAGUGUAUCCACAGCAACAAGGGUGAUUGGAAUAGAUGGGGAACA